CGGGGCGGGGCGGGGCGAGGCGAGGCGAGGCGGGUGCGCGGCCAUUCCCCGGGGAUGUGCUCGGCUCCAUCGAGAGAUGACACUUCUUGGACUAUAAAGUGUUUCAGGUGCAAUGGCAGAUCCCAUCCGCUGGGCCCGAUACCGCUGGCAGCGACUGAUAGCAACAGAGGGCAGAGAAUGCAGCAGCAACAAUUCAAGUAGCAAGUGCUAUCAAUCAUCAAAAACUACUGGCAAACAUAGGAUAGUGAUACCCUGUUUGGGACAUUUUAAAGAAGAGUAUGAAAAGGUAUCAAAACAGUACAUGAACAACAAAAUACGGACUACUAGGUAUACUUUAUUGAAUUUUUUACCACGGAAUUUAUUUGAACAAUUUCACAGAGUUGCCAAUUUGUAUUUCCUAUUUCUAGUUGUCCUAAAUUGGGUUCCUUUGGUUGAAGCUUUCCAAAAAGAAAUUACAAUGCUACCUCUGGUAGGGGUUCUGACAAUUAUUGCAGUGAAAGAUGGUCUGGAAGAUUACUCAAGGUACAAAAUGGAUAAACAGAUAAACAACUUAGUAACCAAAGUAUAUUGCAGGAAAGAGAAGAAAUACAUAGAUGAGUGCUGGAAAAAUGUCAAUGUUGGGGACUUCGUCCGGCUUUCCCGUAAUGAAAUCAUUCCUGCUGACAUGGUGCUGUUAUAUUCUAGUGACCCGGAUGGGAUCUGUUACAUUGAAACUGCAGGCCUUGAUGGAGAAACCAAUCUAAAGCAGAGACAAGUGGUGAGAGGAUAUUCAGAGCAGGUCUCUGAAAUUGAUCCAGAAGAAUUUUCCAGUAGAAUAGAGUGUGAAAGUCCUAACAAUGACCUCAGUCAUUUCCGAGGCUUUGUUGAGCAUUCAAACAUGGAUCGAGUGGGUCUCAGCAAGGAAAAUUUACUGCUCCGAGGAUGCACAGUAAGAAACACAGAAGCUGUGGUAGGCAUAGUGGUAUAUGCAGGUCAUGAAACCAAAGCUAUGCUGAAUAACAGGGGCCCUCAUUACAAGCGCAGUAAAUUGGAAAGAAAAGUGAACACUGAUAUUCUUUGGUGUGUUCUGCUUCUACUUUUGAUGUGUUUAACUGGUGCAGUGGGUCAUGGAAUUUGGAUAAGUAGGUAUUCCGAAAUACCUUUUUUUAACAUCCCCAGGCCAGAUGGGAAAUCGAGUCCUCCAGCAUUAGCAGGCUUCUAUAUGUUCUGGACGAUGAUAAUUUUAUUACAGGUCUUGAUCCCUGUUUCUCUCUAUGUUUCAAUUGAAAUUGUCAAAUUGGGACAAAUUUAUUUAAUACAGAAUGACAUUGAUUUUUACCAUGAGAAAACAGACUCAACUAUUCAGUGUCGAGCACUAAAUAUUGCUGAAGACCUUGGCCAGAUUCAGUAUAUUUUCUCUGACAAGACUGGAACCCUCACCGAAAAUAAGAUGGUUUUUCGGAGAUGCAGCAUUGCAGGACAGGAGUAUUGCCAUGAGGAAAAUGCAAAGAGGUUGGAAUCCUAUCAAGAGAUGGAUUCAGAGGAUGAGGAUUCGGCUGGUUGUCAGUGUGGCUCUUCAACCCCUACAUCAAAAUGUCAGAGGCACAACUGCGAACCUGUGUGUGAACCUUUGAACAGAAAGUCUUUGAAUCAGUUCUCUGGUAGUUACUCUGCAUUCAAAAAGAAAGAUGAAGCAAGUGAUACUCCCCACUCAGGAGACAUGGCUUUCAGCAGUCCCAUUGAAACAGAUAUUGUACCAGACACACAGCUGUUGGAGAAGUUCAGUCAAAUUUCUUUUCAUUCCUAUCAACAAUCAGAAGAAGCUAGCAGCAAGUUAUCUUUGGAGACAAUGUAUAUCACUGACUUCUUUCUUGCUCUGGCAAUCUGUAAUACUGUUGUAGUUUCAGGCCCCAAUCAGCCACGUCAGAAGAUGAGACUCUCUUCGCUGAGCAAGAUGCCUAUUAAAUCACUUGAGGAAAUCAGGCAAAUGUUCCAGAGGUUUUCAGUUUGGAGACUAAGUUCUUCCCCACUUCCAAGUGUAAAGGAGUCAUCAUCUGAAAGCCCCAAUAAUUCUGUGAGAAAACUGUCUAUUUUUAGAAUGAAACUGGCUUCACCUACUUUGGAUGGAGCUGCUCAAAGGGUUUCUGAACCUCACAAUACUGACAGCCCAGAAAAUUCUCAAGUGCCUGGAGAACUACAUCUAGUGAAUGUAGCUGCUGGUGGUGAACCCAACCAUGCUGUGUCAUCUUUUGAAUCAUCUCCCAUACCAAAACUGUGUUAUGAAGCUGAGAGUCCAGAUGAAGCUGCCUUGGUUCAUGCUGCUAGGGCUUAUAAAUGUGUUUUACAGUCUAGAACUCCAGAUCAAGUAACUGUGGACUUUGCAGGUCUGGGAUCUUUAACGUUUCAGCUUUUGCAUAUUGUGCCUUUUGAUUCACUGCGGAAAAGGAUGUCAGUGGUGGUUCGGCAUCCAGUCUCCAACAAAGUGGUGGUGUACACAAAAGGUGCAGACUCAGUCAUGAUGGAUUUGUUGAGAACUGCUUCUGAAGUACAUACUAAUAAUUCUGAAAUUGAAGAAAAGAUUAAAGAGAGAACUCAGCAGCAUUUGGAUGACUAUGCCAGGAGAGGACUGCGCACUCUGUGUAUUGCUAAGAAGGUGAUGAAUGAUGCCGAAUAUGCAGAGUGGUUAAAUCAUCGUUUUUUAGCAGAAACCAGCAUUGACAAUAGGGAGGAUCUGCUGCUUGAAUCUGCCAUGAGGCUUGAGACCAAACUAACUUUGCUUGGUGCCACUGGCAUUGAAGAUCGCCUGCAGGAGGGUGUUCCAGACACAAUACAGGCAUUACGGAAAGCUGGAAUAAAAAUAUGGAUGUUGACAGGUGACAAGAGAGAGACAGCUGUCAACAUUGCCUAUGCUUGUAAACUGCUGGAACCAGAGGACAGAAUCUUCACUCUUAAAUCACAGAGUAGGGAUGCCUGUGCCUUGCUAAUGAGCAAAAUUUUAGAAGGCAUCCAGAAGAAUGCUUCUGUCAAAAACAAACCAAAUGAGAAACUUGGAAAUGUCUCUGCAAGUCCUUCCACCCAAGCUCGAGGGUUCAAUGCAGGCCUGGUUAUUGAUGGAAGAACUUUAGAGCAUGUCCUUCAUGACAGCCUACAGAAUAUUUUCUUGGAACUCACAGAAAAAUGUCGGGCUGUAGUCUGUUGCCAAGCCACACCACUGCAGAAGAGUGUCCUGGUCAGACUGGUGCGAAGUAAGCUAAAGGCAAUGACAUUAGCUGUAGGUGAUGGUGCCAAUGAUGUCAGUAUGAUCCAGGUGGCUGACACUGGUGUAGGAAUAUCUGGCCAGGAAGGCAUGCAGGCUGUGAUGGCAAGUGACUUUGCAAUCUCUCAGUUUAGACACCUCAGGAAGCUGCUGCUUGUCCAUGGUCACUGGUGUUAUACCAGACUUACCAACAUGGUGCUUUACUACUUCUAUAAGAAUGUGACCUACGUGAACCUCCUGUUUUGGUACCAGUUUUUCUGCGGGUUUUCAGGCACAUCAAUGACUGACUACUGGAUCUUGAUUCUUUUCAAUCUCCUUUUUACAUCAGUGCCACCCAUCAUUUAUGGUGUCUUGGACAAAGAUGUAUCUGCAGAGAUACUCAUGGAACUCCCACAGCUUUACACAAUGAGCCAGAAAUCUGUGGCUUACUUGCCUUCAACAUUCUGGAUAACCUUGCUGGAUGCUUUUUACCAAAGUCUCAUUUGCUUUUUUGUGCCUUACUUUACUUACUGUGGUUCAGACAUAGAUAUUAUUUCUUUUGGAAACCCCAUAAACACAGCAGCACUCUUCAUAAUGCUGUUUCACCUUCUCAUUGAGUGCAAGUCUGUGACGUGGAUACAUACAGUAGUUAUAGUUGGCAGCAUCCUGUUUUACUUUGUGUUCACUCUGGCUGUUGGAGCAACCUGCAAAACCCACAACCCACGAUCAGAUUUUUACUGGAUCAUGGAAAAGCACAUGACAGACCCAGUGUUUUACUUAGUUUGCCUCCUGACUACUUGCAUUGCUCUGCUACCCAGAUAUUUGAUAAGAGUUCUCCAAGGAACAUUGUUUCCAUCUCCGGUGUUGAGAGCCAAGUGCCUUGUGAGACUGUCCCCUGAGGAGCAGAGGAAAGCAAUUAAGAGAUGGAAAUAUGAGUGCAAUGUGAAUGAUAGAGUGGAGCUCCAACCUACUUCUGCUCCUUACAGCUCAGCUGCAGGUGCUGUAUCAGAGGAAGAAAGCACUGACAGUGUUUUGCCAGCAUUUAAAACACCUUUUCAGACCUGUUCAAGAGAUGGGUUAGUAAAGAACACCUCCUUCUUACCAGACAUUCAGGAUGAGUCUGGGGGAACAACUGUCUUGAACUCUGAAAAGACUGAAUUUAUCAAAGAAAACUAAUAGUUACAUUUGGUGGUAAUAGUUCAUGCCCCAAAGUCUCUGUGUGUACUUCUGAAAAGGGCAGCAGUGCUGUCUCUCUAGCACACAAAGCAGUUUUGAGUUCUGUUUUGUGUGAAGAUGUUUUACUGUAUUUUACAAAGUUGGAAUGCUAGCUGGUUAAACACAGAAGUAAUAACUGCUGAUUUUUGUCAUGCUGUGGUUUUGUUUUCUUCAGCCUAGGUAGAUGAUGAACACAUUUCCUUAAAAGCCUUUUUGUUUCUAAGAGUUAUCCAUAAUUUAUUAAGAUGUUCAAGGUCUAAAUGUGUGUAUUAUUUUUUAUAUUUCUUCACAGAGUAGACUUUGCAUACUGCUUAUUUCUUGUAUUCAACAUUGCAUAACAUCUCGUGGUGUUAUGGACACAUUGCAUGAAAGUGGAUUUGCAGAAUCCAGUUGAGCUAAGUCAGCCUGCUCCCUUACACUGCUGCCCUAGAACCCUAGCAUGCCCUGGGAUUCACCACUUGCUGAAGUAUGAAGUAAGCAGCAGAGUUGGAUGUGGUGUUACUGUUUGGCUUCUUUCAAGACUUUUUAUUACUUGUUGUAGUGUGUGUAGACAGUAAUUUAUGUAACCACUGUGGUCCAGUUGUUCACCUGGCUAUUGCAUGGGCCAUCUCAUUGAUGGACAAACACCAUUUUAACCAUAAGAGAGAACCAUAAAUGAGACACAUGUAAUGUGUCUCCCUCGCCUUUCUCCUCACAUAAAGAGCAAAUCCUAAGUGCAGCCUUUUGUUUUCCAUGACAGUUCAUCCUCCUGCUGUAUCACUCCAUUUUGACUCCAUGUGCCAUUUCAUGUUAUCUGCCACCAAAUGGACUUCUUUCCCACCUCACUCAAUUCAGAUGUUGGCUGGCUGUCUUUCCUUUAAACUACCUCAUGCCUGUACUGAAAAAUUGUCUGCCAGCAGCAGUGAGGAGCUCCAGUCUGUCUUCAGGUCUUCCCUUACAAAUAGCAGCUUCUAGCUGAUAACAUCACUCUUCUUCACUCUCAGGUGUUUUUACAUUCCUCCAGACUUUUAUAAUAAUCAGCUUAAGUGUCUCUAAAGGCUGCUCAGAAGAAGGAAUAAUGCAUAGCAUGUCUCACAUUUGAGUGCUGUUGCUCAUCUGUCUCCAAGAUAGAUGAGUCCUGUCCGCUGCCAGUUUCCCACUGCUCACACACUGCACAAAAAGUGGCUGAGGUGCAUGUGGAAACUUCUAGAUUCCAGACUCUCUAAAAUAUUGUCUCCUUUUUACUUCCCUUCCCAAAUGUUACAUGGACAAUUUAGAGAAGAAUUUAGGAAAUCUGUUUGUGUUCACUAGCACCUGUUGAAAUAAACAAUUUCCUCAAACUGUAGCUUCUAAUGAAUUAUUAGUGCUGAGCCCAUUUUUUGGUUUUGUUACUUUCUAAAAGUUUUUGCUUUCAAAUUGCCAAGAUUUGUGUGUUUUUAGGCACCAUGUUUUGGGCAAGGGCUGUGCUUUUUAAUUGAACCAUGAGCUUUCCACAUCAAUGAUCCACAUUACAUAUUCCUCAUCUUUUAAGAUCUCUGAAAGAAUUUAAACAAACGCUGUGAGGUCUGGACAGCUGCUCCUGCACAGGGUAGAUAUUGAGGGCAUGCUGAGUUCAUUCAAAUGCCGGUCACCACAUGUUACCAAAUGUUUAAAACAGCUCUGUGUUCAAAAGGUAGAAUGUAAUCAGGGCUGACUCUAACCAUAGUGUUAGUGAUGAGAAAAAGAGAAAAUAUACUUUUUGUUUAGCCUGUAGAAGAAAAGUAGUAGAAGGAGAAAGUGAUCACAGCCAUUUCUGAAUUUCUUUUUUUUAAAAUUUGGCUCCAACAUAUGACAAAAUUUUUUUUGUAAGUUGUAACAUAAAGUUAGUGGAGACCUUUGAAGUGAUGGCAGACAUUCAAAUUCCAAGAGAUGGUGUUGAUCUGAGUUACUUUUUCAGAUGUUUGUCUCGAACAUCGUUCUUGCUGUGUGGAGGCACCUUGCCAUGAGCAUACUCCAGAUUUCCCAAGUAAAACAUCUCAGCUUUCUAGACAAGAAAUGGGCGCUGCAAGGUUGCAAAACAGUCAGCAAGUUGUGCAGGGGGACAAGAUGGUACCAAGGCAGAAUCAUAUAGAAACAGAGUUACUGGGAUGGAGUGAAAUCAUCUAUAUUGCUCCACAGCCUCAAGGCAGGCUGAGUUCUACCCAUGUCCUUCCCUAGUGGAUGUUAUCCUGCUGUAAAGAGCUCCAGAGAAAUAGGCAGUACUUUGCUGCCCUCAAAGUCAAAUAUUGUUUUUGUUUUCAUUACCUGACCUGUAAUUUUUUCUGUACUUUAAAUCCAUGGCCUCUCUGUACUUGUGGCCACUGAGAGGAGAUUGGUCCAUGUUCUACAAGUCUCUAACUCUAUGACUGAGUUGUGCUGAACUUGCAUGGAGGAGCUCCAGCACUUCCAGUGACCUGAGGGAGUGUAGGCCUCAGCUGUGUCCCUGCCUGUUACUGUGAAAAAGAGUUUGGGGACAACACCAGCCUGUGACACGCCCUCUUUUUGCCUCUGCUGCAGAAGCAGAACCUACCAGAAGAUUUGAAAGGUAGAUGAUCAUUUAGUUUGCAUUUUUUUUUCAUACAAAAGCUGUAAGUAUUCAGAGUAAGAUCUUCCAAAACCUUCUGACUAAGCCAUGGCAUCAAAAUAACUGAGUGAGGAAGCAUGGGUGAGAGUCAUCUGUUAGACCCAAGAUCAGCUGCAUGAUGCCUCUGGGACAUUUAAAUUGCUAUUAUGUGAUUCUUUACAAGCCUCAUAACUCCAUUACUCACAAAUUAGUGUGGUGAGGCUUUCAGGACACUGUUCCUGUCUGCUGAGAUUGUAAGUGCUUUUGUGCCGCUUGAAGUGGUGCAAAAUAACGUGUGUGUGUAUGUGUGUAUUGCAUAUUGGUACUACAUAUUGCUUAAAAUUGUCCUCUACAUGUUGUGUUUUAUUAGAGGAUUUCAACAAGUAGUCUGGGUGAUAAUCUGAAUUAUUUGUUGGGUGAAGCUUGCUUUGGGGUUUGGUUGUUUGGGUUUUUUUUUUAUUUGACUGUUAGUUUUUUUGGUAUUAUGGUUUUGGGGUUGGAUUUGUUUAUUUUUUGUGGUGGACAAACAGCAGAAAUAUCUGAGGGCGUUUGCUGUGAGUGCUUGCUGUCUUUUACUGAAGGGGAGAUGAGGGUAGUGAGUCUGGGAGAUGAGGGUAGUGAGUCUUUAAUAAAAGCUUCAAAAAGUUAAUUGGCCAUAACUAAAGUAGUGCCAAAUGAAGGGUGGUAACAAAUUGCACUCCCUGUGCUUCUCAACAGUUCAAUAUUCCCUUUAUUUUGUUUUUUAGCACUGAAAACAUCGCAAUCACCUGCUUGCUUCUGCACUCCCGCACUUAGGCACAGCAUGAUCUGACACUUCCAUUUUGAAAUAACCUUUUAAGAGCAUCUCACAGGUACCUUCCACAUGUCAUGAAACGAAGCACAGCAUUUACACUUCUUUAAUUUUAAAACAAAGCAAAAUAACCACCUUCAACAGCCCCAAACUUUGUAGCUACCUCCAGAACAGCCUUAACUCGAUUUUGAUGUGCAGUAUUUGAUUUACAAAAGAAAGUACAUGUUUUAAUUUUUUUUUCUUUCACAGCAACCACACCUCUGCUAAACAUUUGCAGGUAGCAGUCAGCCACAGCCUUUGCAAAGUAUUUUGGCAGCACAGUGAGCUUUGGUCUGUACUUGGAGCACAUUUUGAGCUGAUGUUUAGCCUGAGCUGUUUUUUCCACAGCCCCACUGGCCGAAGCACAAGGUUGAGGACUGGCUGAGGACCAGUUAACACAGAGAACCCACUGCUCCCACCAGCCCUGGCUCUUGGCCGAGGCUAAUGGGCAACUUCUGAAUGUGACUGUCUUAACAGCGUUCCCACAGCUGAAUUUCAGUGUGGGUUUUUUAUAAUUUGUUCCUGUUUUAUUCUGGUUAUAUUACUCUUGCCCUCAUGGUCCUGGCUUCCUUAUUGCAGCAGAAGGGUAAAUUUUAACUGUUUUAAGCUUCUGUCUGCUUAGUAUUUUGAUUUCAGCAUGUGUACAUGUUAUUGAAAUUUUGUGUGCAAGGUAAAAAGGGAUUUGUCAUUUAAUUGCAUUCCAGAGCAAAAGUAUAGAACAAAAUGUGUUCAGAUUGCAGAUUUGAUUGCAGAUUUGUCUUUAGUCUUUCAGAUUUCAAAGUCCAGAGUAAUUGCUGGCAGCAGUAUUCAUGGUAAUGUUCUGUAUUGGAAGCACACACACAGAAGAAACUAAAAGUUGUACAGUGGUAGUAGUGCCAGAAUCUCUGCAAGUAUUGCAGUUCUAACAGGGCUGCUAAAAAAAGUAGCUAAGGAUUUAAAAAUGUCUCUUGAAGGCUGUUUUUAGGCAUUAUUGCUAAAGUUAUAACUUAAUACCUCCAUAUUAUCAUUUAGUCUCUCUAAAGAUUAAAACCUAUUUUCAGAGACAGAGAACAUUUUUCAGAGACAACAGAGAAGUUAUUUUGAAAACAAUUGUAAAUUUUUAUUAGUACAACUAGAAAGAAACACGUUGGCUUGACUGAGUGGCAUUGCUUACAUUUGGAGAUACAGCUGUGGUAGAAGCAAAACCAACAAAUGUUACCUUACAGUGACACUACACCUGUGAGACAAACAACGUAAGUGUGAUCAUAGCCAUUAUGUCAGCACACAGGAAAAAGCUUGAUACAGUGGAAGGAGGAACAUGUUUGCCUAUUUCCUGUGUAUACAUAAAAAAACAGUAUAAAAAUACAUUUAUAAAAUUACAAAUUUCCUCUUUACAUGGAAUGUUGUGUCAGACACAGUUGUGGGAAAGGGUAAGACCCAAGUGCUCCCUCCUAAAGCCAUCUGGGAUGGGGUUCGGCCUGGAAUUUCUUUGGACUGAUGCCAUAUAGGAUGGGGCUGGACCUUAUGUUUAAGAAACACUCUUUCUCAUUUCCUGGGAGGGACUGCUUGGAAACUGGUGGUAGGCCAAAUGCCUAAUUAAAUUAAUUAGUUAAUUAAAAUGUGUAGUUACAUGUUAUCAUUUGGUAAUGCUAAUAUCUACAUGAAUAAUUUUACGUGCUCUGGUGCUUUACAAAAUUCAAAGCUUCUAACUACAGUAUCUAGUGGAGAUAAGCCAGGCUGGGCUAUUCAUUCUGCAGCAGCACCUCUUUGGAAAACAGACCUGGCCACAACCUGUCUGACACCAGCCAGCUGGCUCUAACAACUGCUGGACCACCUCCUCGGGGUACUCUUGAUAACCACCUCCAGGACUCUGAACUUUUCUGCCCUACAGCUGCAGAGAUCCCAGCCCCAGAGGAAAGCUGGGAGUGAGAGGCUGAGGAAUGAGAGCUCCAGCCUCCAUAUCCUUAAGGCAAGGGCAUCAAUAACCAGCUUCAGCUGUAAUCUACUUGGACUAGAUAAACACUGGCAGAGCUGCCUUCUCUCAUUUAUAGCUGGGGGAAGAGUAUUUAAGUGUCAUAUCCUUAAGAUAUUAAAAGUCAUAAAAAACAACAAUCAAACCUACCAAAGCCUCAAAGAGUUUUUUUCUGAGCAUGAACCAGUGAUUCAAUAAUCGCUUAAAUAAUUUCAGAAUCUGUAACAUAAAUAUUGAGUAUUUAUUAAUAUUCAUGUCUACAGUGCAGUCUAGUGUGACUAAUGUUCUAAUGUUAGCAAUACUUAAGGAGAAGAUACAGAGAUAAGAGAUAAACCUUCAUGAAAGCAAUAGAUCUAUGUAGAUGAGUUGCAACAUGAUUAGUAGUACCUGAAAUGUCCAUGUGUUAGGUCUUUUAAUGCACGUUUCCACAUGUGGCAGUCAUGCUAUUGACAUGGCCCUGCCAUGCUGUCAUGGGGCCAUGCCAGAGGUAGCAGAGAGGGUUAUGAUGUGCCGUAGCCUGCAUUCACAGGGGCCUAUGCACAGCACUGAAAACACAAAUUUUAAAUGCAUUGUUCCCCAGUGGAAUUUUUCCUGUAAUCCUCAGAUUCCUGACUCGUCCCGUUCUGGCCUCCUAAAAGCUGAUAGCUAUGCAGGACAUCAUCUACAACAGUUCAUAGGACACAGUUUCCCUCUAGCCACCAUAAAAAGGUGCCAAGCUCCUGUUUUUUAUCAUAAUCUUUUCCAGCCAGAUUCUCUUGGACUUAAGGCAUAUUGUCUUACUACUGCACAAAGCACUCCACAUCUGGCUACCAAGCACCUGAGCUGAGCUCCUUCAGCCUUUGCUGGUGAAGCUGUUGUACUUUUCUUCUUCUAUUUCUAAAACUCAUUUGAACAGAAGCUGGAAUCCCAAGCCUUCUAUCACUCAUUUCCUUUCUGCUUUUUUUCUUUUUCCCAUUUUAUCUUGCUAGUCAAAAUUAAACUUUAAAUGCAAGGUACAAGAAGAGACCUAUAACAAUUAACCAGUUCCCCGAUAUUUGAGACAGUGCCCAUUCUGCAGCUUUUUCAUUUUAAAUCUGCAUUUUCUGUCUCUUACAAGAUGUCCAAACUAGCUGACUCUAGGAGGGGAAACCAUUGCAGUGGUAUAGCCAACCCUCUUACAUUUUCAGAGGGCUGGAGAUGGUCAGUGCAUCAGUAUGCUGAACACAUUAUACAAAGCAGGGAGGAAAGCCAGUGGGGAACAGGUUUGAUAAAUACAUCAGGGCAUUGGAAGUUUCAGAAGGUGAAGUGCUAGAGGCUGUCCAAAGAGUCUGAACAGUAAAAGCUUUGGUCUCCAGUGCCUCCACUGGUUGUUUGGGUCUUUUGACCUACCGGUUCUGGCUCUGGGAACAGAAGCCGUGGAAUCAGGACAGUACAGGGUUAUGCCCAUUCAAAUUAACCAGUCUGAGGGACAAAAGGCAUUAGCUCAAGCACGAAAGGAGCAUAUGGUAACACCUUUGGAGACCUGCACAUGUGCUUUGAUGUGUCCUGUGCCACAUGGAUGUACAAACUCACACCCUCCAGCAUGUGGUAUGGCCCUAUCAAGAGUUGUCCUUUUGAAUAUAUGUCCUGUAGUGCCAUAUGAAUGCACAAAGUUCCUUCCUCAUUGGAAGGAGUGAAAAUGCAUGUGCUACUAAUUUAAUAGUAUU